CACGUGAUCGCAGUCUCACGCCACGCGGAACUAGGUUGCACGGUGCGUUCAGAAACUAUACAGAAGAUUAAAAUGGUUCUUUAAAACAACAUUUAGAGGACAGUAUUGAUUAUAAUAUUUCCGUUUUCAAGGAUCGGAUAUACGUUCUCAUAUACAUACGGGUUUGUCUGCUAGGAAUAAGCUGUGAGAGCACGUUUAAUAUUUGACAGAGCAUUGUUUACACGCAACAAAAUUCCCCAUCAUCUGAUCGACAGAAUGAGAGAGACGCUUCUGUUCGUUCUGCUGACUGGACUGAUCACUAUAGCGAGAGCUGACGACUGUCAAGCUCUGAAUUUCGGUCAUGGUUCGGUUGUGUGCGCGUGCAAUGCGACAUACUGCGACUCGGUGGGCCGGACUGGGUUGCCAGAUCCCGCUCAGUUCUUGUCAUAUGUCAGCAGUAAAUCUGGCAGCAGACUCGUGAAGACUCAAGGCCAGUUCCAGAAGAACAGCACCGCUGCAGCUCUCCGAAUCACUCUGAAUCCCAGUCAGAAGUAUCAGCGCAUUAAAGGAUUUGGGGGAGCCAUGACAGAUGCAGCAGCUAUGAAUAUUCUGUCCCUGUCCUCUGGAGCUCAGGACCAGCUGCUCAGACAGUACUUCUCCACAGAUGGUAUAGAGUACCGUUUCGUGAGAGUGCCGAUGGCCAGUUGUGAUUUCUCAACUCGCCUCUACACGUAUGCUGACACUCCAGAAGACUACGAUCUCCAGAACUUCACCCUGGCUGAAGAGGAUAUUCACAUGAAGAUUCCCCUGCUGCAGCGGGCUCAAGCUCUCUCUGCUCAGCCUCUCAAUCUGUUCGCCAGUGCUUGGAGCGCCCCCGCCUGGCUGAAGACCAAUGGGGCGCUGAUUGGCAAAGGCUCUCUCAAAGGCAAGCCAGGAGGCAAAGAGCACAAGACCUGGGCCCAGUACUACAUUAAAUUUCUAGAGGAAUAUGGGAAACAUAAUCUUUCUUUCUGGGGGUUGACAUCAGGAAACGAGCCCACUGCAGGCGAAAUGACAAAUUACAGUUUUCAGGCUUUGGGUUUUACUGCGGAGACGCAGCGUGACUGGAUCGCCCUGGAUCUGGGUCCAGGGCUCCAUUCCUCAUCCUUUCCCCAGACCCGCCUUAUGAUCCUUGAUGACAACCGACUUCUGCUUCCACACUGGGCUAAAGUGGUUCUGAGUGAUGUACAAGCGGCACGUUAUGUCCACGGGAUUGGUUUUCACUGGUAUCUGAACAACAUUGCACCACCUGACAUCACCCUGACUACCACGCACCACCUCUACCCAGAGUACUUCCUGUUUUCAACCGAGGCGUGUGCGGGGUGGAACCCGCUGGAUCGUGGGGUGCGUCUGGGCAGCUGGGACAGAGCAGAAGAUUAUGCACAUGACAUCAUACAGGACCUGAAUAACUUUGUGACUGGCUGGACAGACUGGAACCUGGCCCUAAAUCAGGAUGGAGGGCCAAAUUGGGUUAAAAACUUUGUGGACAGCCCUAUUAUUGUGGACUCAAGUAAAGACGUCUUCUACAAGCAGCCCACCUUCUACAGCAUGGCCCACUUCAGCAAGUUCCUGUGGGAGGGGUCACAAAGAGUGGGCAUGUCCUUCAGCCAGCACACCAGCCUGGAAGUUUCUUCCUAUAUCAGACCUGAUGCCUCGGCCGUGCUAAUCAUUCUCAACAGGUCUGAAGAGGAGGUGCAGUUUGAAGUUUGGGAUCAAACGCUGGGCUUUCUGCCAGGAAGUGCUCCACCUCACUCCAUCCUCACACUGCUGUGGAGCAGACGCUGAACAGCUGUACCAAAACACCAUGUCAAUAAGCCACAUAUGCACCUUAAUGAGUAACUCAGACCAUUUCAAAUGACUGCAGCAACCAUGAUUACAAAGAAAUCAUUUCUCUAGAUUCAGCGGUGCAUUAUAAUCGAUUCAUCUCACUUGCUAAGCUGUUUACGUCCAUGGCAAUCAAAAGACGAUUUAUGGGACAGAAAAACAAUUAUUUUUACAGAAAAAUAAUGUGACUGAGUCAUGUUUUAACAAGUAAUGCUAGCAUUCCUGGAAAAACUUGAUGUAUAAAAUUCCUUGCACUGAACACACUAAGAAUUAAAUAGACACAAUAAACGCAACUUCUCACAGCCA